GGUAGCCGAUUCCCAGCGCCGAUACACCCUCUCUCAGUGUUGUUCGUGCGGUUCCAGCCUGACCCUCUGGGGGCGAGAGCGGGUGGUGCGUAAGGAGAGAAGGGUGUUAGCAGGGCGGGAGUGCGUGAGAGUGCGGGGUAGGACCGGGCGGUACAGACAAAAAUACACCAAGGUCAGCUUUCACGGGGGAGGGGGGGGGAAACAAUGUCGAAGACUUUGAUUAGGGAGCGAGAUUAGUUCGCUAAGAAAGUUCUGGGAAAAUUAGCUCGCGCGACCCGCGCAACAUUGGAGCCUGAUGGUGUAAUCACCGUUGUCCGCGGGCAAGUUCCGAAGCGUCAUCGCCCUUCUUUCAGCAAAAACAAACACGCCUGUUCUCGCACGCGGAAGAUUGGAUUCGUUCGCGUUUCCGCGUCUAACGGCGAACGUCGGUUUGCUAAUUGGCGUUGGUGUAACGGAGAGCGAAAUAUUCGCGUAAACGAGAGAAAAUAGUCUUUUAAAUCUUUCUCUCGCUCUCUUCCUCUCUCUCUUUCUUCUGUCUCUCUCUCUCGCUCUCUCCGACCGUUCUUUUUCGAAAAAGAAAAAAGUAAUCUGUUUCGCCUCUCGCCCUUUUCCUCGAAGGGCAAGUAAACUUUUCGAAUUUUGUUUUUUUUUCAUUCUCUCGGACAACAAGUCGCGAGUCAAGAUAACGCCGCGGGAAGAUCGCUCGUUAGUCUGAAUGAAGAAGAGGAUUUUGCCGAGCGGAGCUUCAUUCCCGAAGAGACGGCAGACAAGUUGGUGAGAGACCGCCGCCGAGCACCAGUCGCAAUUCUCGACAUACAAGUUGGACAAUAUGUCUGGGAACUACUCGGUGCGCUGCGAGCCGGGCCUAGUGAUACCGCUCUGGCAGCCGGUGGCUAAUCUGCAUCUGAUCGACGUCGUCUUUCGGGGCCUGGUGUACUUUUUUCUGCUGUUGUAUCUGUUUAUCGGCGUGUCGAUCAUUAGCGACCGUUUCAUGGCUGCCAUCGAGGUGAUCACGUCCAAGGAGAAGGAAUUGGUGGUGCGCCGUCAUGGGAGGGAGCCGCAAAUCAUCAUAGUGCGAGUCUGGAACGAGACGGUAGCCAAUCUGACCUUAAUGGCGCUCGGCAGCAGUGCCCCGGAGAUCCUGCUGUCCAUCAUCGAGAUUUGGGCGAAGAACUUUCAGGCGGGCGAGCUGGGCCCGGGCACGAUCGUCGGCUCCGCCGCUUACAAUCUUUUUGUUAUCAUUUCCCUGUGCGUGUUUGUGAUUCCCAACGGUGAGACCCGGAAGAUAAAGCACCUGCGCGUUUUCUUCGUCACCGCCACCUGGAGCAUCUUCGCCUACGUCUGGCUCUACGUUAUCCUGGCGGUUUCCAGCCCCGGUGUGCUGGAGGUCUGGGAGGGCAUCCUGACCUUCUCCUUCUUCCCGGCGACGGUAUUGACGGCUUACGUUGCUGAUCGACGGCUGUUGAUCUACAAGUAUCUGCACAAGGGCUACCGAAUGAACAAGCGGGGUGUAAUCGUGCAGGCGGAGGUCGCGGACUCCGAGUUGGGGGUGGAGCUGGAGAUCAAGCCUCAGCAAGACGGUCUUCACGGCAUGGUGGACCGCCUAGCCGACGCCGAUUCCCCCGAAGCGAGAGAGUUCGAGCAGACUCGUAGAGAUUACAUCAAUACCUUGAAGGAGUUGCGUAAAAAGUAUCCGACUUUGCCUCUGGAGCAGCUGGAGGUGAUGGCGCACGAGGAAGUGCUGGGUAAGGGCCCUAAGAGCAGGGCCUUUUACAGAGUGCAGGCAACGAGGAAGAUGGUAGGCGCGGGCAACCUCAGCAGGAAGAUCAGCGAGAGAGCGCAGAGCGACCUUAGCGAGGUCAAGGCCGAGUUGCAGAAAGCCGAAGCGGAAAGCAUCGAUAUCGAGCAAGUCAACGCCAUGAGAGUAUUUUUCGAACCUGGUCAUUACACUGUGAUGGAGAACGUUGGAACCUUUGAGGUGGGCGUUUCCAGGGCUGGAGGUGAUCUCAGUAGACCCUGCACUGUGGAUUACUGCACGGAAGAUGGCUCCGCCGAGGCCGGAUCUGAUUAUGUGAGUGCCAAGGGCACUCUGACUUUUGAGUCCGGCGAGACCAUGAAGACCAUCCAGCUCUCGGUUAUCGACGACGAAUUGUUCGAGGAGGACGAACAUUUUUAUGUCAGGCUCAGUAACGUGUCGCAGCCAGCAAUGCUCGUCUCGCCGAGCUUGGCAACGGUAAUGAUCCUGGAUGACGAUCACAGCGGCAUAUUUGGGUUUCCCGAGAGAGAUGUAGAGCUAGUGGAGAGUGUGGGUCAGCAUCCUCUGCGGGUGGUACGCUAUAGUGGGGCCCGGGGUCGCGUUAUUAUUCCUUAUCGUACUGUGGAGGGCACUGCGAAACCCGGCAAGCAAUACAUGCAUACCGAUGGCAGCCUGACUUUUGAGGAUAACCAGACAGAGAAAACUAUCAACCUGGAAAUCAUCGAAGAGGACUCUUACGAGAAGGAUGCCCUUUUCUAUGUCGAAUUAGGCGAGCCCUUGCUGCAAGGAGCGGAAGCAGGAAUCGCUGUAGCGGCGGAGAUGAAGCAGCCAGAGGAGAGAACAGAGGAAGAGAAAAUGGCACUGCUGGGUAGACCGCGCCUAGGCGAGGUGUCUCGGGCGCAAAUCAGGAUUAAAGAAUCCAAGGAGUUCAAGAACACUGUGGAUAAGCUAGUCCAGCGAGCAAAUGCCUCCAUAAUCCUCGGCACAAGUUCUUGGAAAGAACAAUUCACGGAAGCGGUCACCGUCAGUGGAGGUGAUGAGGACGCAGAGGGUGGAAGCCAACCUUCCUCACCAUCCGCGAUGGAUUAUCUUAUGCACUCGCUUACCAUCUUCUGGAAACUACUCUUUGCCUUCGUUCCGCCCACAGAUAUCGCUGGUGGUUAUUUGUGCUUUAUCGUCAGCAUUCUAGGGAUCGGCGUUGUUACGGCGGUAAUCGGCGACGUUGCCUCGUAUUUCGGGUGCACUUUGGGUAUCAAGGACUCUGUCACCGCGAUUGUUUUCGUCGCCCUCGGUACCAGCAUUCCCGAUACAUUCGCGAGCAAAGUGGCCGCUUGCCAGGACAAGUAUGCCGACGCGAGUGUGGGCAAUGUGACUGGAAGUAACGCGGUAAACGUCUUCCUGGGAAUCGGCGUCGCGUGGAGUAUCGCCGCCAUCUACCAUGCUUGCCACAACGAAACGUUCUUUGUCGAACCUGGCAACCUGGCCUUCUCCGUCACCCUGUUCUGCAGCGAGGCUUGCUUCGUGAUCCUGGUGCUGCUGGUGAGACGAGUGAAGUCGAUCGGCGGCGAAUUGGGCGGACCUUUUAUACCGAAACUCAUCACGUCCGUGUUCCUGUUCUCCCUCUGGCUGCUCUACCUCAUCAUGUCCACCCUUGAGGCCUACGGCGUGAUCCAGGGUUUCUAAAUCAAGGCCAAUGCGACGCCAUUACGUCGGCCUAUCCUCUGCGUAUAUCUUAGCUCUGGCGUCCGCCAAGGCAUGUGCUCAACGAAACUAUUAACCGGACACAGAAGCGGUAUCGGGACGAAACGAUUUCGCGAAGAAUAAACUCUAAUUGUUCCGGGAAUUCACAUAAGUUCAUCCUCUCAGACGAUUAACAACGAACAUGUUCGCGUGACGUAUUAAAUGAAUAUGUGUAUGUAUGUGUAUGCAUGUAUAGGUAUCUGAAAAUAUGGGAGUGCUUGCGAGUGUGUCCAGAGAAAGAGAAGGAAGCAAAUCGAUGGAGGGAAGGACAAGCGAAGAAGGGGGGAAAAAAGCUGAGAAGAGAGAAGUGCGCGCGAGAAAAAGUGUGAGCUUGCCUUAAAAUAAUUCAAAGGGAGAAAGAAGUAAGUGCGUUCUAGUCAUGCCAUAUUCCCCGCAAAAACGAUUUGGCUGUUAUCAAAAAAAAAAGAAGAAGAAGAAGAAAAAGAAAAAAGGAAAGAAAAAGAAGAGGAAAGGUGAAAACUAUAGAUAGUAUACGUAUGUACUGGUCAGACCGCGGGUACACACACACAUAUGUGUACAUAUACUGUAUUUAUUUAAUUCUAAAAAAUACACAGGUUUCUAUAUGGUAA